AUCUAAUUAUGAAAAAAACACAUAAUAAAUUGAACAAAUUUAGAAAAUUAAAAGUUUUGUUUUUCGCUUUUUUGGUUUUGGUUUUGUUUUUUUUAUGUGUGUUUCGAGCAAUGAUUGAACAACCAACAUUAAAUUUUCGAACACGUUUUGGUUUUGCAUUCGGCCAUAUAUUCAAUGAUCUUUGUGCAUCAAUAUGGUUUUCAUAUGGUCUUUUAUUUUAUAAAUUAUGUUUCGGUCAGCUUGGUUAUCUGUUUGUAGUGUUUGGACAGAUAAUCGAUGCAUUUGCAACAAUUAUACUUGGAUUAAUAUUAGAUAUUCGUUGUAAAUGUAUUGUUAAUCUAUUUAAACAUUUUGGUGGUACAUAUACUGGUUAUUAUAUUAUUGGUACAAUAAUUGCAUUCAUAUCAUUUCCAUAUGAAAUAUCUGAAUUAAAAUUAAUAUUAGAUAAAAAUAAUGAAUUAUUAUUAUAUUUAAUAACAUUUUUUGCUAUAUUUAUAUCACAAAUUGGUUGGACAAUGACACAAUUAACACAUCUUUCAUUAAUAAAUCAAUUAUCAUCAAAUUCAUCCGAUCGUAUUUGGUUAACUUCGUUAAGACAAGCAGCAAGUAUUUAUAGUUCAUUAGUUGUUUAUAUAUUAUUUUGGUUUACAUUGGCCAAAACCGAUGAAUAUCAUCUUACCCUUAAUGAUAUUAAUGUUUUUGCUAAUAAUGCAUUUUUAAUCACCAUAUUCGGUCUCAUUCAUUGUUGUGUAUUCUUAUUGACAAUACAGGAAAAAUCAAUUCCAAUAAAAAUUAUAAAAACAUUUCCUUCAAAGGAAAAUGAUAAAAAUUUACAAAAUACAGAUUUAUUAAUUACAAAUAUUGAUGAUGAACAACAACCUCGACCACAAGAUUUACAAGAAGAAUUAUAUUAUCGUCCAAUGGAUCAUUAUAAAAAAUUUGAUUGGUUUAAAGAUUUUGCAUUUAUCUAUAUGUGUUCGCGACUUUAUAUGUGUAUAUCGAUGGCCUAUACACCGCUUUAUCUUCAACGUACCUUAUACCUGGAAAAGACAUCGAUAGCAUUCAUUCCAUUAAUAAUCUAUGUAAGCGGUAUGAUUAUGUCAUUUUUUUCAAAUUAUAUUGAAAAUCGUUUUGGUAAUAAGAUUCAUAUGUGUUUAGGUAUCGUAUUGGCAUUAUUUUCAUCAAUUUGGAUAAUAUUUGGUUCAUGUGAUGAUCGAUCAUUUUUAAAUUGGCAAAUAUAUCUAAUAGCCAUACAGAUUGGUCUUUCAAUUACAAUCAUAAAAAUUUCAUCAAUCAGUUUAGUAGCUGAAAUGAUUGGUUUUAAUCAAAAUAGUACAUCAUUUGUUUAUGGUUUGGUUAGUUUUUUUGAAAAAGUUGCCGGUAGUAUUGUUAUUGCUAUUGUUGAACAAUUUGAUCCGGAUACAUUAAUUAUAGAUACUAAUGUUAACGUUUCAAAUUUGUGA